GAUCUAGAUAUAUAAUUGAUCGAUAAUCGACGUAUAUGAACUUUCAUACAUAUCUUUAUCUAAUUUCGCUUCGCUCGAACCAGCGAAGAAGAUAAAGAGCUCUCUCUCUCGAAAGUGGUGUCAGUAGGAAGGAGUGAGGGACUCUCAAAUCGACGGAUUUUAUCAUAAAUGCCAUCCAUUACUGUGGUUUAAGCAGCAGUUUAUCGUAUUUCGUUUGAGUGACUGCGUCGUUAAAAACUCACUCGCUGAUAAAAAAAAAAAACGCGUCGGAGCAACACUCUUGCGAUCUCCGCGCGAUAUUUACGAGAAUGACUAUCAGUAUCGCGCUGACGAUACUUAUAAUUCUUACCUUCGCGCCUGACAACGCAGAUCUAGGAUUUACGCGAUUUAACGAGGAAGUUUCGCCUGCAGUCUCGAUUCUCGAAAAUUUCUCCAAGCACGGUCCACGUUCAAACAAUACUCGCGAGAAUGACCGGCUCCAAUAUGAUAGUGCGCCGUUCGAUGAGCGUAUUACGGAGGUCGUGAAACAGGAUAACGUUCCGACGAGCAACUGCUCGGAUCGUUCGAUCAACGAGUUUCCGGAGGUGUUUCCGCUGGAGGAGCGUCGUCGGGGAGCGGUAAUACUUCACGUCUUCUUCGGAUUAUACUGCUUUAUCCUGACGGCGUUCGUCUGCAACGAUUACCUAUUACCCACCCUCGACAUCAUAUGCACGCGCCUCAGCAUCAGCAGCGACGUCGCCGGGGCUACUUUCCUCGCUACCGCGAGCUGCUUCCCCGAGCUAUUCGUCAACGUCGUGGGCACCUUCCUGACCGAGUCCGACCUCGGUGUCGGCACCGUGAUGGGCGGCGCGGUCUUCAAUACUUUCGCCACUCCAGCAUGCGGCGCGUUAUCGGCGAUUCACGCAAUACAAUUAGAAUGGCGAAUAUUAACUCGGGAUUGUAUAAUUUAUGUGAUAUCGGUCGCCACCUUAGUGAUCGUAAUGUGGGACGGCGUAAUCAAGUUGUACGAAGCGAUCAUCCUCAUGGUACUGUUCGUCACUUAUUUGACGAUACUGUUUUGCGGCAAAUGCUUUGUGCGUUGGCAUAAUAAACUGGCGCACCUGUACACUGACAAGAACCGCAGUACGAAUUUUCCCGAAAAAGAAAUUCCUAAAGAUAAGGAGGAACCAAUGCCUGACGGCUUGUAUAGACCGUAUUUUCACGGAGAACUCGUGGCCGAAUACAGAAAGAAGAGCGUAGCGAGCAACGGCGGUCGCAAGUCUUCCUCGAAGACUAACGACGUAGAAGCGGCGCAAAACCACGUGGAACAAGCGGAGGAAUACGUGGAACCAGACACGCCCUUUGUAUGGCCGACCGGAGGUAACUUGGCAAAACUCUGGUUCUGUUUCGUCUGGCCGUUGAAACUAAUCUUGUUCGUUACCGUACCGGACAGCAGGUACAAACGAUGGAGAAACUGGUAUCUGAUAACAUUUGUCAUGUGCGUAAUAUGGAUCGCGAUAUCGUCCUACCUGACGUCGUGGAUGACGACCGUACUCGGCGACACCAUCGGGAUCCCGGACUCCGUGAUGGGUAUCACGUUCCAAGCCGCCGGUGGCAAUAUGCCGGAGCUCGUCUCGAUCGUGAUACUCUCGAAACAAGGCAACGGAGACAUGGCGAUGAGUAAUACGUUAGGCGCAAACACACUCGACAUCCUGCUGUGUCUCGGUUUACCGUGGAUGGUAAAGAUAUUCAAGGACAAGAAGGACAUCAGGAUCAUCUCGGAUGCUUUAAGAUACAGCGUGCUUUCGAUCAUCGUGUGCGUCAUCGCGUUUUAUACGGUGACUGCGUUCUGUAAGUAUUGCUUGAACAAGAAAGUGGGCAUCAUCUGCCUGAUAUUAUACACGAUAUUUUUAGUUUUCGCUCUAUUGUUCGAACUAAACGUCUUUUUCCCUGUGAACUUACCUAUGUGUCCUUCUUAAAAAUCUCCCGUCACUUUUCGAUUCUUCUCUUUUUUUAAAUUAUCAAUAGUUAUUCAACGCGAGAAAAGCAAGAUUGAAUCAAAGUUAUUUCCGCCAGUUUUGAUACUAUCUUGAAGAAAUAACAGAACUUUUUUUCAUCGUUAAUCGCAAUAAAAAAAAUCAUUGCUAAAUUGCGAAAUAUUAUCAUCGAUAUAUCUUUUCCGUUUUGCUUUCACAAUCAUGUAUUUAUCUCUAAAAGUCUAGAGAUUAAAUUAAGGAUACUGUUUUAUAUCG